CUGGUAGUGAUUGACGUUUCUUGUGGGUGAAGUGCAAAAUUUUCCGGUUCAAUUGAAAAAUAUAUGCGAAUCUGAAUAAAUCAUGGAAUGUAAAAGAUUUCCGAUGGUGUAGUGCAAGUUCAUACGCCCAUCAGGUUUCCUGCAAGAAAUCUCGGUAAAUUCGGGUGUCUGGAAGUGACUCUCUAAAUAAUUCAGGACUUUUCAGUUUGAGGGCUAGUUUCUUCCGCAGUUCGAUGGUUUUCACAACUUAAAUGUCCGGUUUCGCCCGUUCUAGUCGAUUUGAAACACACCCCGGUUAUGUAAAGGUUAGAAAAAUAAUUCGCGGUGCAAAGUAGGUCAUUCGCCCUUGUUUUUCCACAGCGUAGUCUCCAUUCGCGAUACGAAUACGUGCCGUUUAAGUUCUGCAAGAAAAGUGAAAGACAUGUUAUUGAUGGAUGCAGGUCGGUUUAUCUCGUGGCCGUCCAUCUAUCCCCGAUAUUGGUUUUUGGGUGGUUCGAACAGAACCGGACAUAACCUAUAAGCUGAAAUGACCGCAUAGAGCUAGGACAAUCAUGAUCUAAAAGGGUCAUGACAUCUCGCCAAUCGUAUAAUAUUAGUGUCAAUCCAGGGACGGCAAUUCCCCCGCUUUCCGAACAGAAUAUCGAGGAAGUUGAAGAGGAAGAAGCGUCAGCCUCAGGUGGUCCACCCCCAGUGAACACCAGCACCGGAACCCGCCAGAAACAGCGAGGCCGCAAAUUCGGUGCCUCAAGUAGUCUAAGCGAUAGCUCCUCCAGUGUCAAACGACAGGAAUCUUCCCCAACUUUGACGCUAAUAUCGUCAAAGGGUUCCGCUGAUUCGAACUAUUCACAGCCAUCUUCAGAUUUAUCACUGGACGAGGAAAAAGAAGCCCUUCGCAGGGAGAAAGAGCGCCAAGCUCUUGCUCAGCUGGACAAAGCAAGAACAAAACAGGUAGCAUUUGCUGUUAGGACCAACGUAGCGUAUGAUGGUACCCUUGAUGACGAUUCACCAGUUCACGGUUAUGCUGUUUCCUUUGACGUUAGGGAUUUUUUACACAUAAAGGAAAAAUAUGACAACAACUGGUGGAUAGGUCGAUUAGUUAAAGAAGGCUGCGACAUUGGUUUCAUUCCGUCUCCUGUCAAAUUGGAGAAUUUGAGGCUUCAACAAGUUGCGACUAGGCCGUCGAAGCUUUACUCUAGCAAAACAAACUUAGGGGGCGCUGGUAACGAUGUUUCCAGAGGUAGCACUCCUCCCACGCCUGGAGACGAAUCAGAUUCUGUCGGUAACGCAAGGUCUGGUAAGACACUCACGACACCUCCUGCCAAAGAAAAGAAAAAACCGUUCUUCAAGAAACAAGAAACAACCGCUCCCUAUGAUGUCGUUCCCUCCAUGAGACCAGUUGUUUUAGUUGGGCCAUCUUUAAAAGGAUACGAAGUAACGGAUAUGAUGCAGAAGGCUUUAUUUGAUUUCUUAAAACAUAGAUUUGAAGGACGAAUCAUAAUAACAAGAGUAAUGGCAGAUAUUUCAUUGGCGAAAAGGUCGCUGCUAAACAAUCCUUCCAAAAGGGCUAUAAUGGAAAGGUCGACAACAAGGUCAUCGUGUUUAUCUGAGGUGCAGGCUGAAAUUGAACGAAUAUUCGAACUGGCUACAACUUGCCAACUAGUUGUACUAGAUUGUGAUACAAUAAACCAUCCUUCACAACUAGCCAAAACAUCUUUAGCACCUUGCAUCGUUUACCUAAAAAUUUCUAGCCCUAAGGUCCUGCAGAGACUUAUAAAAUCGAGAGGUAAAAGUCAAACAAGGCAUUUGAAUGUACAAAUGGUAGCAGCAGAAAAAUUAGCUCAAUGUCCUCCAGAAUUGUUCGAUGUUAUAUUGGAUGAGAAUCAACUAGAAGAUGCCUGUGAACAUAUUGCAGAGUACUUGGAAGCUUACUGGAGAGCUACACACCCAGAAAAUGCACCAGCAAACGUUCCAAGAGCUAUUGUAACUCCACCUCAAGCAUCUCCUAGCGGGGACCAAGGAAGACCUACAUUACCAGCCAUUCAUGAUGUUUACGGCUAUUCAACAAAUGACCCUAGAGUACCCACUUUCCAAACGACCCACAGAAGGACUAGGCUCGAAAGAGAAAGGGAAUACGAAGAAUAUAGUGAUAGAGACAGUUUCCCACACCAUAUGCAAGGAGAAGAUUACCGAACGAUAGACCGCAGAGAACACAGGACAAGAGAAGAAGAUUACGUUGCACAUAGAGGGUCCUCAAGACGAGCAUUGAAUGCCAUCUAGUGGAGGCUUACUACGGAUCAUCCAAUUGAAGAAGAAAUCCAUGAUGCAAUUUCACCCCAAGAAGAAGAGUAUUACAAACCUCAAAUUCCCAGAGAGUACAGAGACGAUAGAUCCGAGAAAAGAAUAGAGGCAGAUGAGAGGCGUUACAGAGACAGGAGGGAGAGAGAUCGAAGGUAUGGUGAACAGAGCACGUUAUACAUGGAAGAGCAGGGGUAUACGGAGAGGAGAAGGGGAAGAGGAGCCGGUAAACCGGAGGGGAAGAACUAUCGGAAAGAACUGCUCGAAAGGUUUGGUACCAUGGGUUUCGAGGACCAUGAGAGUCCGUCACAUCAAAGGUACUAUGAUUAGGUCAUUUAUGAUUAGAGGGUAGCUGAAAUACAAAUGAAUUUAGUCUUUUCUCACCACAUGUUUUUUUUCUAUUUAGUCUCCCGAAACUGUGGUGCCAAAUUGAAAUUGAACAUUCUCCUUGAAAAAUAAACAGUAAUUUUAAUUUAUAACUUCGACGGUUUCCAGAAUUUUCCAUUUUCAAUUGAAUUCAAAAGAAUAUUUGUGUUCAAUAGGUGCUUCAUUUCGAAAAACAUUUUCAGAUGCCACCAGUGGCGUACAAGGGGGACUUCAUGGUCCCUUUCCUCCCCUAUUGAAGAAUUCAUUCUACAAUACCAAUUACUAGUCGAAAUAACAAUUGGAUAUUCAACAAAAACAAAACUUUCACAUUCAUUUUUUCAUCAAAACUGCUUUAUUGCAGGAAUUGAAACACUUCAAUGGGUUAUCAGUCUAUUUUGAAAAACAAAAUCAGUUGCAUUGAAAAACAAAAUCAGUUGCAUUGUAAAAUUAAUUUCUGCUGAACCAAUUUUUCGGUGUUUUCAAUUGUAGUAUAUUUGUAUUCAUUAAAGUGCAAUUAUCUUGAAAACGGUCAGUUUUUGCGGAUUCAAACUAGUUUUUUCAUUUUUCACUCAAAAUUGAAAGGAGAAUGCAAAAAAUGCAUAAUUUUUUUAUUUUACCAGUGGCUUAGAAAAAAGGGGAGAAAAGUGACCAUAAGGCCCCGCUUGUACGCUACUAGUCAGUGGCGUACCCAGACUUAAACCUUGGGGGGGAUAAAGAAAAAAAAUUCUCAAGUUUUCCAAAGAAGUUUGCUUACUCAUAAUAAGAUAGCGAUAUAUAAGGUUGUUAAAUAAAAUGGAUAUUCCUCCCGGGGGGGUAGACCCCCCUUUUCUUCCCCUUGGGUACUCCACUGCUACUAGUGGCAACUGAAGAUGUGGUUUUCCUUUUGAAAGAAUCACCUAUUGAACACAAACAUUCUUUCCAAUUCACUUGUGAAAUUUUGGAGAAUCUAUCUAUGAAUAAAAAUUACCUUUAAUCUCAACACUCUUUGACACCCAGUAUUUCUGCAACGAACGAUAUUUGAGGAAAGGAAUAUUAGGAAAGUCUUGUUUAUUUCUCAAGACGAAUCUUCUGUUCAAAUUUGGCACCAUAGGUUUGAGACAGCCUGUAUAUUUGUUUUUUGCUUAGUGUCCAAAUUGCAUCUUCUGAAAAGAUAUCUCAACUCAAUAAAUGAACCAUACAAUCCAAAAUUUUCUUUCAUCGUUUUUCGAGUCAUUAGGACCAAAAGUGAUCAAACCAGCUACCCUCAACUGGACUGUUCCAAUGUGAUCAUAAAUGACAGAUAUAGAACCUUUGAUCGUUUCUUCAAGGGGAUGACCCGUACCUAUUGUGAUUUUACUUAGAGUUUACUUUAGUAUAUUAUAAACUUUAAACAUUUGACCAGUGCCAUAUGUAAGUAAUAGCUCAAUUUUUAUUCAAUCUAUAACUGAAUUGAAGAGAAAUAUUUAAGCUUUAAACUGUAGCUGUACUAGAUUUUCUAAUUUUCGUGAGGAAAACAUUUCCGAUCAAUAAAUACGAAUUGUGGACAUUGAAUAUAAUCACUAAAGAACUAUAGUGCGUACAAUAAGAAGGUGAUCAAAUGGCCGAUUUGAAAUUCGAUUUUAGGCUCAGAUCUGAGCAUGUGAAUAUAGCAAUAAAUUGCCACGUGAUCAAACCUGGGCUGCCGUUCCACAAGCCUACUUGAUCCCUUUCUUCAUGAACGUUCGAUCAAAACGGGGUAUUUAGUCGUUUCGAUUAUGAGAAAAACUGUGAUUCAGUUGAUUGGAAUUUAGCGGAUGGUUACAAGUUCCAGUAGUUUUUAGUUUGUUAAUCCUACAAAAUAUUCAACUGCUAAUCUCUGGAUCUCAGAGCGUUCCCCAAUUUCGAACGAUCGAAAUCUGGUUCUCUGAUAUCGAAUCGUUUUGUUACUUAUUUUGUAAGCUUGAUUUGUUUCGUGAUAAAAAUGAAUAGCCUAGUCCUUGUAUUUUGUAUACGUAUAAUAGCUUUUCUGGAAGAAAGAACUGAACUUUUGAUGGAAUGUCAGUUUGAAUGAGUAGGAAUUUCGCUUUCGUUCUAGUUUCAAAAUACAUAAUGGUGAUAUUACAAUUUAAACUUUAUGUAUUCGACUGAUGCUAGAAAAAUAAUAUUCGAUUUAAACCUUUAAUAAUGCACAGCUUGAAUUUAAGGUGUUCAAAGAUCAUAAACUGAUCAAGUGUUGAUGGCUUUAGAAAGCAACUCUUUCACGUGAUAUUGUGUAUAUCUUGUUCAAAAAUCUAUUCCAUAUUUUUUGUUUUUGUGUAUCUUGCAUCAGGUGCUAAAAGGUGCAGCUUCAGGAAUUUUUGAGGAGUAAUAUGCUAUAGAGUUGAAUUUUAAUCUAGUUUGUCGAAAUUAAAUGACAGUUAUUCUCUUUUCACUCAAAUAGUGAUUAAAUAGCUUCUUGAGAAGAUUAUGAAUUUCGAAUAACUGCAUUUUCAAAAUGCAAUUUUCGCUUACAUUUCUCCUUUUUUUUACCAUUACUUCAAAUAGGCAAAUUUCGAUUAAUAUAAAUUUCCAUCAAGAAAAAUCCCAACCCAUCUUUUUGUAAUGAAUUUCGUAGGUGUAACAGAAUGAAACACAAAAAUGUUGAAUAUUUUCAUUCACCAAACAAGGAAUUGAUUGAAUUAUUGUAUUGACUCGAAAUGGAAAAAAAACCAUAGGAUGAAAUCCAAGUACGAUGUUAUAUAUAGCCUAUAAAACUAAAAAAUAUCUAAUCUACCUACAUUAUUGCUUUUGCUUACUUAAUUAUUAUUUCAAAAAAUUGUUGAUUUUGCAACCUUCAGAAUCUGGAUUCCAAGAAUAAUUUUUAUGAUACUGUUUUUCUUUUAUUAUGAGUACCACAUAGUUUAAAAAAAAAAUUGAAUUAAAUAAAUUGUUUAGAAAACCAUUAGGGCAAUAACUAUCGAUGGGAUCUUGUUACAGUUAUUCCAUCUGAUUUUAGAAUUUGCGAAAAGAUUACACAUGUCACAGAAGAGUUGUUUUCGAACUCUGUAUAGAAAUACGCGAAGAGCUUGAAUUACCUCAUCAUAGUUGAUAUUUUUCUCGUCAGAAUGAAAAACUGUAUCGCUCGUUUCGAUCACCUACAAUAAAACAUUCUAUUCGUUCUAACUAUAAAGGAUUGGUCUCGAUUUGGACGACAAGAGUGUAAAAAUGAAGUGAACUUUCGAUAAAAUAUAAAUAAAUUUUUUGACAAUCAUCCAUCAAUAAAAUUAGUUUGCAGAUCGAUUAUGUUCAGGAUUGUAGGUGAUUUUAUUUGAUUCAUUUUUUUAUUGUUAUCUGUUCAAGAGUUCGCCACUUAUAACUCGGAAAAAUUGUGUAGUCUCUCUUUCUUUAUGAAAAUCAUCGAUAGGUGUUAUUGAGAUUAUGAAAAUAGAAACGUUGUGACUUUUGGUACAACAAUUUUCCGUCUUGGCUGUUCCACCGACCAAUUUAAAAAAUUUGAUGAACAAAAUAAUGUAGAGGUUUUGAUUUUUUCAAACUAGCUUAAUUUGAGGAUACCUGUAUAAAUUUGUUGUAUAUUGUACAGAUUUGAUUCAGUUCUUUGUUAUCUAUAGGUUUAUAGUUGUAGAGUAUACUCAAAUUUUGCUACCAUUCAAUUGAAUUUAUUUGCUGUUUCCAUGUAGAGAAUAGUUUCUCUAAAAUUCUUAUAUAAGAUAGAGUUAGGGUUUGAAAGAAUUCAUAAAAUGUUGAAUUUCAGAGGAAUCUAAAAAAUAUUCCAUUUAUCAUUAACAUUGCCCGUUAUUAUACUUGUAUAUAUCUAUUUUCAGUAAAAUGAAUUGUAUUAUUAUGCAUUCAAUGUUAUUUUCUGGUAGAGAUGAUGACUUGGAAACUUAUCACAAUAACAGUCAGAUGACUUUCACAGCUUAUUUCAUGUUGACGAUUGAUCUUAUGAGCUUUCAACCAUCAAUUCUUAACAAAAACUUGAUAUAAUGAUGUCACAAAAAAAAGAUCUUCCAUUUCAUUUGAAUAGAUAUACGUUCAACGAUAUGAUACCGUUUUAGUGCUUACUUUGGUGAAGUAUAAUAGGUACUUAUGAUCAUUAUCCCUUCUGAAAUAGAUUGGCAAAUAAUAAGUGAAAUUAUAUUCAUUUCUAUAUGAACAAUUUUUAAAUAUGAUAUAUGAUAUGGAGAACUUUUGCAUUAAGAAAAUUGAAAUUCUUUUGUUUUCUCUCAAAGCAAUUCACAUCCUUAAAUUUCCAAUUCAUCAUCUGUGCUCGGAUGUGGGAUUAUUUGUAUGAUUUUUUUCUUAUUGUUACAUGGAAUAGAAGAAUGAAUUUGUGUAAUGUUAUCGAUUUGAAAUCAGUUCCAUUUGAAGAAAAAUGUCUAUUUCAUUCAGGACAUCAUUUGAAAUACUGUGGUAAUAUAUAAUAUCUGAAUGCCUUGUCAUUAUCGUUUUUCUAUCUAUUAGAAAAUCCACAUUAAAUGUAAGGAUGAUGGUAAGCACAAUUGAUGUGCUCUUUUUUAUAAAAUAAAAAAUACAAAAAUU